ACAUGACGCGCCGACAUUGUCAAGCUGCUGAUGUCAGGAUACUCCGAUAUGCAUAACGAUGUCAAUGAACUGGCGAUCUGGAUGUACAAUUCCGCUAUGUCAUCCUGACAUUCUACAUCGCACAUACUGAUUUGUCACCGCCUGUAUCCACAAUAUUGUAUCUAUCACACGGGUCCUUCAGCAAGGAUAUGAAUGACACAUGACAUGUCAGUUGAACCUCGCUUAUCCGGACACCUUGCCUGCCGGAUGCUAUAUACAUGAAUCAUGAGGAAGCUGUAUUUCGGCGGCAGCAUCAGUGCGGGAAGACAGGACUGCGACCUGUAUGCCAGGAUCAUCGCCCAACUCGAGGCCUAUGGAAGCGUUCUCACCAAAUACGUCGGCGACCAAGAUGCUGUAGAAAAGGAGAAGGACCUGGCGCCCAAAGCUAAUCACGACCGAGACAUCGCUUGGCUUAAGGAAUGUGAUGCACUCAUAGUAGAAGUCACGCAAGCGUCACUCGGAGUAGGAUACGAGAUUGGAAGAGCCGUUGCCAUGAACAAAAUGGUUCUCAUUCUAUUUCGUCCCGAAUCCGGCAAAAAAUGUUCCAAGAUGGUGGAGGGUGCGGCUGAUGGUAAAACAGUUGUAUUCAAGGAGUACUCCGAGGCUCAGCUGCCAGCUGUUCUCGCCGAAUUCUUCUCCAAGAUGGGAAAACAAACAAGCUGAUCACAAUAUGGAUUUUGAACUCUGCAAUAAAGUGUACCAAUUUGGUGCUUCAUGGGGUAUGGA